CCCGGAAGCGUUGCCAUGGCGGGGGCCCCGUUCUGCGGUCUGGUCUCGCUGCUGGAGACUUACCGGGGCAGAGACCGAGUGGCGCGCACCCUCGCCUAUGGCUGCCAGUUGGCCGGAGGGACGUUGGUGGCCCAAAGACACCCCGCCGAGUCCCCGCUGGGCCGCAGCCUUCUGGCCGUCUCGGCCCAGCUGAGCCACUGCCGGACGGUCCUCCGCCUUUUCGAUGACCUCUCCAUGCUGGCCUACAGCCGCCAGUACGGGCUGGGGGUUAAGGAGGACGACGCGGCGGUCCGCUGGCUCUCCGUCCUCAACAACGUGGCCGACCAGCUCUACUACCCCUGUGAACACGUGGCCUGGGCUGCCGACGCCGACAUCAUCCGUGCCAACGCAAACCGGUGGUGGGCGCUCAGCACAGCCCUCUGGGGGGUCUCUCUGCUCCUGGGGGUGGCACGCUCUCUGAGAAUUUUGUCCCAGCUCAGAAGCAAGCUGCGGGAUCAGCCCAGCAAGGACGCCCUGGAGAAAGCGAGGGCCCAAGCGCAGGCCGAAGCCUUGAGCAUCCUCAGCAACCUGGCCGACUUCUGCAACGCCGUCCACUGGAUGCCCCCGGGAGUGCUCUGGGCGGGCAAGUUCCCCCCAUGGCUCGUGGGCCUGAUGGGGACCGUCUCUUCGCUCACCGGCAUCUACCUGAGCUACGCAAGGGGCAGCGGUGCGUCCGCCUGAGGGCCAACACGAGCAGCUUCCGCGAGGAAAUUAAGACGGCGAUCUUCGUGUGGGGGGGCGGGGUCACCUCUGCUGUAGCUGGGGAAGGGGCUGCUGGGGGCAUCCCAUCUCUUCCCUCUCCCCAAGAAGGAGAGAAAAGGGGGCGCUUCUACUCGUGAGAGUUUGCACGGUUCAGGUGAUGGCAGAUCCUGGAGUUCUGCUGGGGGGGGCGGCAGGAGCCAAAGAGAGAUCUGCCCCCGCUUGCGGGUUUCCCACGCAGGAAAGAAUCGGGGCCAGCUGCACGUACAGCUUCUUUAUGUGAAACAAUCAGAGCCAAUAAUAAAAAUGAAGGGGGGAAAAA